AUGUUUCGUCCUCAAUUAUCCAUCGGUCGGUCAUGGACCUCUACCGUAAUAAAGAGGCCUGUUUCUCUCACAGCAAAAGUGUCAAUUCCAACCUGGGUGAGAGGAUAUUCACAACCUCGGCAAUUUAGAGAUGAAGCUUCGGCCACAAAAGACGAGCACAAAGGGCUCGUAAAGCAUAUCGGUCGAGACAAAGCUGCAAUCAAACUUCCGGCGACUGUUUUGAAUCAAAGUCUUGAGCGGGAUCUUGACGUUCACUACAUCCAACUGCGCGAUGCAUGUCAAUGCCCCCGUUGUGUUGAUCCGCAGACAAAACAGCGCUCUUUCAGGACGGGUGACAUCCCUAAGGACAUGACUCCUCGUCAGAUCAAAUGGGUGAAGGACACCUCAUUUGAGGGCAGCGAAAUUCUGGAAAUAUGGUGGAACAAGGACAUCCCUGGCUACGACAACAAAACACAUGUGACUCGACUCACAGCAGACGAUAUCACACACCCAGCAGCACAUUUCCACCACAAAGCCGUGGGAACCAGUAAACGUCAAAUAUUCUGGGACCGCAAGGAAAUGGAACGGGAUCAAUGCUGGAUUGAUUACAACGACUGGAUGACAAAUGAUGACCUUUUCCGAGAAGCCCUCAACAAAUUGUCCCUCUAUGGUCUGUUGUUUGUCAACAAUAUCCCGGACUCACGCGAACUGGUCUCGAAAAUAGCCACUCGAAUGGGCCCCCUACGCAACACCUUUUACGGCUCAACGUGGGAUGUGCGCAAUGACCUCAAAGCGAAGAACGUGGCAUACACGAACCUCAAUCUCGGGUUCCACAUGGACCUGUUAUAUGUGCACAACCCGCCGGGUUUUCAGCUAUUGCAUUGUCUCAAAAACUCAUGCAAAGGUGGCGAGUCCCUGUUCGUAGACGCCUUUGGCGCUGCGAGGGAUCUAGAUCGCAGUUCGUGGGAGACACUGGCAUCGCACAAAGUUCCAUAUCACUACGAUCACAAGGAGAAUUAUUAUCGCACUACGCGCCCUGUUCUCGAAGUCCCUGAUACCGCCGCCUCAUCCGAGGACAGAACACUGACCCACGUCAACUACUCUCCUCCCUUUCAAGGACCAUACCACAUCAACCUAUCCGAGUCUUCUGAAUGGUCCGAAAAAAUGAAAGAAUACCUCUCCGCCAUCACUGAAUUCGAGAAAAGAAUCGAGGAUCCUGAGCGCAUCUUUGAGCUCAAGUUGGAGCCUGGUCAGUGUGUGAUAUUUGAGAACAGGCGAGUGCUGCAUGCGCGGCGCGCGUUUGAUACGACUUCUGGAGAAAGGUGGUUGGCUGGGGCGUAUGUGGAUGAGGAUGCUGUGCAUAGUAAGAUGUUUACUUUGAGGAGGAACGCGGGGGAGUUUUUCAACGAUUCGAGGUAA